AUGGAGAAAUAUUUCAAAAGAAAGCUACCACUAGAAUCUGAAGUCACUCCAUUAGUCUCUUCUAAUAAAAAGAAGUUCUUAGAAUUCAAUGUGGAAAGUCUGGUAGCUGAUCCUGGACAACGACCCAAAAUUUCAAAUUAUGAUCCAAAUGUCAGAGAUGAAGUUAGACGAGCUUAUUUGCAAAAAGGUCCUUGUCAACCAAGAGAACAUGAUUUUUCACAAACAUAUUUUGGAACUUCUCUCCGUAGAUUUAAUGCUGAUUGGUUUGAUGAAUUUGGCAAUUGGUUGGAAUAUAGUAUUUUAAAAGAUGCUGUAUUUUGUCUCUGUUUCUAUCUUAUGAAACCUGAUGGUGCGAGUGGUGAUGCUUUUGUAAAAGAGGGCUUUUCAAAUUGGAAAAAGAAGGAGCGAUUACAAACACAUGUUGGAAAUCAUGAUAGUGCUCAUAAUCAAACUCGAAGAAAAUGCGAAGCACUCAUGAAGCAAAAACAACAUAUUGAAGUUGUUUUUCAAAAGCAUUCAGACCAAGCUAAAAGAGAUUACCGAACUCACUUAACAGCAACAAUUGAGUGCAUUAGGUUCUUAUUGCGACAAGGAUUGGCCUUUCGUGGUGAUGAUGAAUCGCACAAUUCAAAUAAUCAAGAUAUUGUUAGAGCUGCUGCAAGUGAAACUACUAAAGUUAUUAUUGAUAAUCUUGGAGAUGAUUUAUUUGCUGUUUUAGUUGAUGAAGCUCGAGACAUUUCUGUUAAAGAGCAAAUGGCUGUUUGUUUGCGGUAUGUGAACAAAGAAGGGAUUGUAAUGGAGCGAUUUCUUGGCCUUGUCCAUGUUUCUAGCACAAAUGCGUUGUCGUUAAAAGUAGCUUUGAAAUCUUUAUUAACAAAGCAUAAUUUAAGUUUAGCAAGAAUACGUGGACAAGGUUACGAUGGAGCUACUAAUAUGCAGGGAGAAUUUAAUGGCUUAAAAAGUUUGAUCUUGAAAGAAAAUGCUUGUGCUUUUUAUGUUCAUUGUUUUGCUCACCAACUUCAAUUAGCACUUGUGGUUGUUGCAAAGAAACAGGUUGAAAUUGCACUACUUUUUAAUUUGCUUGCUAGUUUGUGCAAUAUUGUUGGAGCUUCUUGUAAACGUAAAGACAUGCUUCGUGAAAGUCAAAUACAAAAGACAAUUGUUGCAUUACAAAAUGGAGAUGUUUCUAGUGGGCGUGGCUUAAAUCAAGAAACAACAUUGAAAAGGGCAGGUGAUACUCGAUGGGGCUCACAUUAUGGUACAAUACUUAGCUUGAUUUCUAUUUUUUCUUCCGUGGUAGAAGUUCUUGAAGUUAUUGAGGAAGAUGGAAAUAAUCCUGAACAAAGAGCUGAAGCAUGCCAAUUAUUGAAUCAUAUUCAAUCUUUUGAAUUUGUAUUCAAUUUACAUUUGAUGAAAAGUAUAUUAGGAGUUACUAAUGAGUUGUCUCAAGCUCUACAAAGAAGUGAUCAAGACAUUAUAAAUGCUAUGACAUUGGUUAAAGUGUCCAAGCAACGAUUGCAAAGUAUAAGAGACGAUGGUUGGUCCUCUUUGCUCAACGAAGUUUUACUAUUUUGUGAUAGUCACAAUAUUCUUGCUCCAAAUAUGAAUGAUAUAUUUGUAACACAAGGAAGAUCAAGGCGCAAAAUCCAAAAGGUCUCAAACUUGCAUCCUUUUCAAGUUGAAUUAUUUUAUCAAGUGAUUGAUAGACAACUUCAAGAGCUUAACAAUCGUUUUACAGAGGUAAAUACCGAGCUACUUCUUUGUAUAGCUUGUUUGAAUACAAGUGACUCAUUUUUUGCAUUUGAUAAGGAGAAGUUGCUUCGUUUAGCUGAAUUUUAUCCAUAUGAAUUCUCUUCUACUCAACUUUUGGCACUUGAUAGUCAACUUGAGAAUUUUAUAUUGGAUAUGCGUCUUGAUGAUCAAUUCUCAAAUAUAAAUGAAAUCAGUGGACUAUCUCAAAAGUUAGUUGAGACAAAAAAGCAUAUUGUUUAUCCAUUGGUAUUUCUUCUGUUGAAAUUAGCUUUGAUUCUACCUGUGGCAACAGCAUCAGUUGAGAGAACAUUUUCUGCUAUGAAUAUCAUAAAGAGUCGACUUCGUAAUCGAAUGGGAGAUGAGUGGUUGAAUAAUUGUUUGGUUACAUAUAUAGAAAGAGAGACAUUCAAUCAAGUUGAUAAUGAAACAAUUAUUCAACAUUUUCAAAAUAUGAAAAUAAGAAGAGAAGUACCUUCAAGAUUUGAAGCGAAGAAAGUUAGCAGCUAA